UUUUUAAAAGUUAGUGCAGGUUUUCGCGGAACCAGAGCAGCAAAAAAUGUCGAAAUCCAUACCGGAUUUGCAAGAUUCUCUAGUAAAUGAUAAGAAAAAUACAAAUAAUAUUGUUGCUGUAAAAAUGGAGAAAACUAUUGGUCUUGUAAGCAGCAUCACAAUUAUUAUCGGUUCAAUCAUUGGUUCGGGUAUAUUUGUUAGUCCAACUGGUAUAUUAGAAAAUAUGCAGAGUUUUGGUGCUAGCUUGAUUAUUUGGAUUGGGUGUGGAAUUUUUUCUUUAUUGGGAGCCUAUUGCUAUGCUGAGCUAGGCACAAUGAUUCAACGCUCAGGUGGAGAUUAUGCAUAUGUGCUUGAAGCGUUUGGUUCAUUUAUGGGAUUUUUACGUCUGUGGAUUGAAGUGAUGGUAGCCAGACCAGCUACAAUGGCUGUCAUUGCUAUGACAUUCGCUAAAUACAUUUUACAGCCUAUAUUUCCUGAUUGUCCACAGUCUAAUGCAGUUGUACGAUGUUUAGCAGCUGUAUGUAUUAUGAUCCUGGGAUUUAUAAACUCUGUCUCUGUACGUUGGUCUACACGUGUACAGGAUAUUUUCACAUAUACAAAAAUAAUAGCAUUAUUAAUGAUUAUUAUUACAGGAUUUGUACAAAUUGGUUUAGGUCACGUUGAGGAAUUUCAAUCGCCAUUUGAAGGAUCUAAUUGGAAUCCUGGAAGUAUUGCCAAAGCAUUCUAUUCUGGUUUAUUCUCUUAUGCUGGUUGGAAUUAUUUAAAUUGUAUGAUUGAAGAAAUGAAAAAUCCUAAACGUGAUUUACCUAUUGCUAUUGUCUUCUCAUGUCUUGUUGUGACUAUUGUCUAUACAUUAGCUAAUGUUGCUUAUAUUACUGUGGUUUCAUUGAAUGAAAUAUUAACAACACCAGCUGUUGCUGUAACAUUUGCUAAUCGAAUAUACGGUCCAGCAUGGUGGAUUAUGCCAAUAUUUGUUGCUUUCUCGACAUUUGGUGGUGUUAAUGGCAAUAUGUUGACUACAUCGAGGAUAUUCUUUGUAGCUAGCCGUGAAUCUCAUAUGCCCAGAUUCAUAUCUUUUCUGCAUAAGGAUAAAUUGACACCAAUACCAGCUGUCCUUUUUACUUGUAUCACCGGUAUAGCUUAUCUUCUUGUAACAGAUAUUUAUUCACUGAUGACCUAUUUGGGUUUUGUUCAAUGGUUAGCUAUUGGCGUAUGUGUAAUGAUUGUUAUCGUAUUCAGAUAUACACGACCUGAUGCCAAACGUCCAGUUAAAGCUCCUUUACCAUUUGCAAUUAUUUAUGUGACAAUAACAUUCUUAUUGGUUAUUUUCACAUUUAUUGGUGCACCAAUUGAAUCAUUAAUGGGGUUACUAAUUAUUUUCACUGGAAUUCCGGUUUAUCUUAUCGGUUGUGUAUGGAAGAAUAAACCGAAAGUAUUUCAACGUGUAUUAUAUGACUUCACAUUGGGUUCACAAAAACUUUUACAAUUAAUACCUGAAAGUUGAUUUUACUUAACUACUUUACUGUGCUUAUUCAAUAUCUUAAUACGCACACACACACACACAUGAUGUCAAAUGACAAUGAUCAUUUACGACAUGAUUAUUAUGAUUAUUAUUAUUAUUGAAGUUCGUUUAUUUACAAUAGAGGAAGGAAUAAUUUUCUUCGAUUGUUCCACUUAUAAUUUAUAUCAUGUUUUUUAAGCAAUAACAAAUAAUAAAUAAAUAAAUAAAGACGAGUUCAACUUCCAUUGAAUCAUACUUUGUUUUAUUCCAUUGAAACAAUUGAUUAUUAUUAUUAUUAUUAUUAUUAUUAUUAUUAUAACAACUAUAUACAUAAAUCAUUCAUGUUACUAAGGGACUGAAAAUAUCAAAAUGCCUGUGUAUCUGAUAGUAAAGUUGCAUUUAUUUAUCUCUUUAUUUAUUUAUUUGAUAAUGUAUUCACAUAAACAAACAAACAAACAUACAUACUGGUUAUUCAUAACAUUCAGAUAAUUGAGUCAAUUUGAUGAUGAUGAUGAUGAUGAUGAUGAUUUAAGUUUUCUCACUCGGAUACAAAAAAACAUUCCUGUUUAUGGAUUCGUUUUUAUCCCCUUUCCUGUUCUCCAUUAUUAUCAAGUGUCAAGUGUAUUAGUGUUGCUAAUCUCCUUUUUUUUUUACGUUUUGUUUUACUAUUCUAUCUGUCAUUAUAAUGAAUGUAAUUGAUCUGUUUACUUUGUUCGUUAAGUCUCAUAUUAUCCCAAAUUAAUUCUACGCCAUAAUCUUCAUAUAUCUAUCUGUUUCUUUUUAUCUCUUUAUUAUUAUUUUCUCCUUAUCUUAUUCAUAUUAAAUAAAUGAUAAUCAUUAUCAUAAAUGGUGUUAAUAUAGAUCAAUUUCAUAAUAAAUACAAUAUCAGUCAGCUACAACGUUGAACCAGGCACAUAUGUGCAUCAGUCCAAGUUGUCAUACCUCAUUACCACAAUAAUAUUCAACUCGUUCAAUCCCUCGAAAAAGUAAACAUUUUCUAUUUUGAUAUAUAGUCUAAUCUUCAUAUCAUUCAUCAUUCCUAAAACUAUAUACAAAAUAAUCUGUUUAUGAUUGUUAAGUCAAGUCAUCGUGUUAAUAUCAUAUUCAUUUCAAAGUGUUUGGGGAAAAAAGACGUACAGAAUAGAAUAAUAUUAGGUUAUCUAUUACUAACAAGAAUAAUAGUUAGUUAACAACAAACACUAAAUGCAUAAAAUACAAUGAAUGAUAUCAUUAUACUACAAUUCGACUGGGAGUAAUUUAACUAAGCUAGAUUAUUUUGACCCCAUUCCCCACCCCUGUCUCCAUUUUUAACCAAUCAGAAAGCCGAUAUUUGAUUGAACUUAGUAACUAUCACUAAAUGCAUUCGUUUAGUGAUAUGAAAAUACAGUUUUCUUAUGAUUCACUAAUUUUAUCAGGUUUACAAUGGGUUUCUUUUUAUUACCAAAAUAAGUUAAAAUGUAUACAGUAUAAAAAUUCAUAUAUAUAUAUAUAUAUAUAUAUAUAUAUAUAACUCCAUAUCAUCUACAUGUUAUACCUUUAAAGAAACAUAAAUAAAGCGUCAUUAAA